CGAUAGUCAAAGUAAACUUUGCAUUUAUUGUAUAAGGGGAGGAACCAAAAAUAAUGCUGCUGCUGCUGCUGCUGUUCAGCCUGCCAAUGGCAAGAAACGACUCUGGGAAGUACACAACUGGACUUACUCUUCAGCCCCAGCAAUGCCAUAUCCACGAGGAGGUCUUCCUCACGAAGGAGCUCUUCCAUCCUCUUCAAGGUGUCACCGCCAAGCGGUUGCAUUUGACCUGGUGGUGUGCCCUCCUGGAAAGCCUCUUCCUGCUGCUGCUGGUGAAGCUGCUGCAGUGGUAGUACUAUGAGCCAACAGUAGACGCGCGCUUUUGGGCCCGGCGCUGGAAAAUCGCUGACAAAUGUUUCCGUCAAAACAUACAAUAAAGUUUUCAUUUUGUUUUGUCAAAGUCCAGGCCAAAAGGCACAGUGGUAAUGGGACCAUGGAAAUUCAGGUGAAGAAAUAUAGCUUCAAAUCAAAUUUAAAAAAUUACCUGGUUUUGAUAAA